UUGGGUACAAAAUGCCUGUUCAGACUGUGAGGGUUCUCUGCAGAAAGGACACAACAAUGCCAGGUUCCAGCGUGUCUUCCAAGUUCCGUAUUCUGUGUGCAGACUCCUGGCGCCAGAGGAGAGGCCGCCCCUUGGCAGGGGACUGGAGCAGCCAUGGCCCUAAGUGAUGUUGAUGUACAGAAGCAGAUUAAGCACAUGAUGGCUUUUAUUGAGCAGGAAGCCAAUGAGAAGGCAGAAGAAAUAGAUGCUAAGGCUGAGGAAGAGUUCAACAUUGAGAAAGGACGCCUUGUACAAACCCAACGACUGAAGAUUAUGGAGUAUUAUGAGAAGAAAGAAAAGCAGAUAGAGCAGCAGAAGAAAAUCCAGAUGUCUACCAUGAGGAACCAGGCAAGGCUGAAAGUCCUGAGAGCCCGAGAUGACCUCAUCACAGAGUUGCUGAAUGAGGCCAAGAUGAGACUCAGCAGGAUUGUGGAAGAUCCAGAGUUCUACCAGAGCCUGUUGAAUAAACUAGUGCUCCAGGGUCUGCUCCGAUUGCUGGAACCUGUGGUGAUUGUGCGCUGCAGACCACAGGACAUUCUCCUGGUAAAGGCUGCAGUACAAACAGCCAUCCCUGAAUACGUGGCAAUUUCCCAAAAAGAGGUACAAGUCCAAGUUGAGCAAGAGGUGCACUUGAUUACGAGUGCAGCUGGGGGUGUGGACAUCUACAGUGGUGAUCAGAAAAUAAAGGUUUGCAAUACCCUGGAAAGUCGACUAAAUCUCUUAGCCCAGCAAAAGAUGCCAGACAUACGAAAGGCCUUGUUUGGUGCCAAUGCCAAUAGGAAGUUUUUUAUGUAAGACACCAGGAAGAGAAACUCUUACUGAACUGCUAGGUCAUCAACCAUAAGCUAUUUAGGCAAAGGAAACUAAUAAUGUUUCUUGCUCUGAUGUUAUUUUGCCUUCUGUCAUGAAAUACUCUUUGAGUAGCUAAAGUCAUUGUAAUUUAUAAUAAAGCUUGGCUUAAUGUUUAGAAA